AGCCCCUGAGCGCUGGAGCAGGCGGCUAUGGCGGCCCUCCCGAACGGGGAGAGCGGGUCCACGAACGAAGAACUGGAAGGCCUCCAGCUGGAGGCGAUCAUCGGCUUCAAUGGGCAUGUACCCUUUGGCCUCAUCUGCCACCCAGAUCGAGAGCACCUCAUCUACCCUCUGGGCUGCACAGUCAUUGUCCAAGGCAUAAAUAUUCGCACUCAGGCUUUUCUACAUGGUCACACCAACAAUGUAUCCUGUGUCACGGUUUCUUCAAGUGGAUCCUAUGUGGCUUCCGGUCAGAUCACAUUCAUGGGAUUCAAGGCUGAUAUAAUUUUAUGGGAUUACCAGAAAAAAGAGAUGUUGACUCGGCUAUCACUUCACAAGGGUAAAAUUGAAAAUCUAGCAUUCUCUCCAAAUGACCUUUACCUAGUAUCGCUGGGAGGUCAGGAUGAUGGAAGCGUGGUGGUGUGGAGCAUCCCAAAGAAAGAGGCCAUUUGCGGUAGUCCUGCUGCUGCACGUAGUGCCGGAAACCCUACCACACUGGUGUGUUCCAACUGCAGGGAUGAAAUGUUCAUUACUGCUGGAAGUGGAACCAUUCGCGUAUGGGAAUUGGAUUUACCCAACAGAAAAAUACGACCAACUGAGUGUCAAACAGGGCAGCUGAAAAGAAUAGUUACAUGUGCUAUGAUGGCUGAUGAUGACAGUUACUUUUAUAUUGGGACAUCCACUGGUGAUGUCCUCAAACUCAAUACAAAAAGCACAUUGAUGAGUACCUUUGGCCCAGUGAAGGAGAAAUUCAGCCUGGGAGUGACAUCUUUGCUAUUGCUGAAGACGGGAGACUUAGUCAUUGGUACAGGAGCUGGAAUUGUAGCUCUUUGUUCAGAAUCUAACUAUAAAGUAAUAAAAAAAGUUCAGUUGGAAGGUGCCAUCACAUCCAUCACUCCACGGGGGCAGGGGCACCAGUUUUUUGUGGGCACUGAGGAGGCACAGAUUUAUCGGUUCUCGUAUUCGGACUUUAGGGAUGAGCUCAUAGCCACCUGCCACAAUGAGGCCAUCCAUGAUAUCAUUUUCCCAUAUGGUACAUCUGACUUGUUUGCCACCUGCUCCAAGAAUGAUAUCCGUGUGUGGUAUACACCUGACAACAGGGAGCUGCUACGAAUAACAGUCCCCAACAUGACCUGCCAUGCCAUAGAUUUUAUGAGGGAUGGCAAGAGCAUCAUUUCAGCAUGGAAUGAUGGGAAGAUCCGUGCCUUCACCCCAGAAACUGGGCGGCUAAUGUACGUGAUUGAACAUGCUCAUAGCAUGGGUGUGACGGCUGUGGCUACCACAAGUGACGGCAAAAGAAUCAUCAGUGGUGGAGGCGAAGGCCAGGUGAGAGUAUGGGAGGUUGGCAAGGAGACGCGCAAACUGGAAGAGGUCAUGAAAGAGCACAUCUCUUCUAUUUCAUGCAUCAAGAUCAAGAAAAAUAACCAGGAGUGUGUCACGGCCAGUAUUGACGGAACAUGCAUUAUCUGGGAUCUUGUUCGCUUCAUGAGGCGUCAGAUGAUCUUGGCCAACACCUUGUUCAAAUGUGUGUGUUACCAUCCUGAUGAGCAUCAGCUUAUUACAAGUGGCACAGACCGGAAGAUUGGUUACUGGGAGGUGUUUGAUGGGUCCCCAAUCAGAGACCUGGAGGGCUCCCUGUCUGGUUCUAUCAAUGGGAUGGAUAUUACAUCAGAUGGAAUCUUCUUUGUCACUGGAGGUGAUGACCACCUAGUGAAAGUGUGGGAUUACAACGAGGGUGAAGUGACGUUUGUUGGGGUUGGCCACAGUGGCAGCAUCACCCGCCUGAAGAUCUGCCCUAACAACAAAUACAUUGUGAGCGUGAGCGCUGAUGGUGCCAUCCUUCGCUGGAAGUACCCCCAUGUCCACUAACGCCUAAUAGCAGCUGCCACUAGACAAAGAUUCCUGUUCUGAACUGUUCUUUUUUAAGCUGAUGUGCUUUUCAAAGCUUAGAAGCCCUUGCUGCUCCUAAGGGAGAUAAUAGUUCAUUUUGUUUGAAAUAGUCAGACCUUCCCAUAGUAUUAUUUUCCAUAGAUCCAAGUGCCUAUUGUUUGCAUUGGUUUCAGUUGGUGCUUAGUCACAUGGCGCUGUGAACCCCAGGCCUGGCACAUUCGUAUUUAUGUUUGUGAUGUAUUCUGUUUGAAAUUUCAGUUCAGAUAACUUGUGUCAUGUCCCCCUCCUUCACAAUGUAUUCUGUGUUGUGCAACUCUA